GCUUCUCUCACACCGAGAGCUCGUCAGAGGAAAACAUGGAACACAAAUGACAAUGCUGAGCGUACUGACAGCUUUUCCUGUUAUUUUUCCCUGCUUUAGACAACACUGAGGAUAUUUUGAUUCAGCAGACACUAAUGGGCAGCUCAUUUUUCUGUCCCAUUACAGCGUCGGAUCAUCUCAGCGGGCCCUCUGAUCUCCAGUCCCAGUUUCAGAAAUGCAGUCUGAUAGUUCUUGUGCGCAAUUAAUGUGCGGUUCGGAGCCGCAUGUGGAUUGUUGUUCUGUGGAACAGAAGUCCUGCCUUUAGUCUCACGGAUGGUGCCACUCAGACCCGUUUGGAUACAGUGGAUUUCCUGGAUCAUAUAAGAACGCUCAGUAGAGUCAGUGUCGAGGGACGUUGGAGAGAAAGAAAGAGUUUAUUUCUCACAAGCUGGACUUGGGAAUAAGUCCAGGCAAGACGAUGCUGCAGUGUGCCAAUUGUGAGAAACCUAUUCUUGAUAGGUUCUUGCUCAAAGUUUUGGACAGACCGUGGCACAUUAAAUGUGUCCAGUGCUGCGAGUGCAAAUGUAGUUUGACAGAGAAGUGCUUUUCACGAGAGGGAAGACUGUACUGUAAGAAUGACUUCUUUAGGAGAUUUGGCACCAAAUGUGGCGGCUGCGCUCAGGGGAUUUUACCCAGCGAUCUUGUCCGCAGAGCCAAGAGCAAAGUGUUUCACCUGAACUGUUUCACCUGUGUGAUGUGCAACAAACAGCUGUCCACCGGAGAGGAGCUCUACAUCCUGGACGAAUUCAAGUUCGUUUGUAAAGAGGACUAUCAGAACAACAACGGGAAGGACACAAUCCUCCUUUCAGUAACGACGUGCAGCGACCCCAGCAUGUCCCCGGACUCCCAGGACCCGCAGGACGACGGGAAGGACUCAGAAAGCGGACAUUUAUCUGAUAAAGACGCUUGCAGCAACGAGAACGACGAGCAGAGCGCCGUCGGGAAGAGACGCGGGCCUCGGACCACCAUAAAAGCCAAGCAGCUGGAGACACUGAAAGCGGCUUUCGCGGCUACACCGAAGCCCACCAGACACAUCAGAGAGCAGCUGUCACGGGAGACCGGCCUCAGCAUGAGAGUCAUCCAGGUUUGGUUCCAAAAUCGGAGGUCUAAAGAGAGACGCAUGAAGCAGCUGAGCGCUCUGAGCUCUAGGAGACACGUGUUUUUCCGCAGCCCGAGGAGGAUGAGAGCUCUGGGUGAGAGGCUGGAACCAGGAGAGCUGGGACACUUCUCUUACUAUGGAGAUUAUCCUGGUGAAUACUAUGGCUCAGGAGGGAAUUAUGAGUACUUCCAAGGCCCACCAUCGUCCCAGGCUCAGACUCCAGCAGACCUGGGCUUUGUGCCCUCCACGGUCCCCGCUGGCACCCCAUUAGGAGCCAUAGACCACCACCAUCCGGGGCACCACUGUCCCGGAGAGGUCCAGUGUUUCCCUGACACUAUGUCCCACCAUCCUGCGGACUCACCCAGCCCGGAGCCCGGAGGACCCGGUUCCAUUCACAGCAUAUCCAGUGAAAUGUGUGGCCCCAGCACGCCCUUCACCACUGUGACUCUCAGUGACAACGGAUACACCAACCAGCUGUCACAACCCUCCUCAGAAAUGAGCGAAGGUACUGUCUGGUAGACCCAGGCAACGCCGAACUGUAAGGCACAAAUUGGAUUUCGAAGUCAAAUCUAUGCGGUUUUUUUGUUAGAUUUUCAAAAAUGUAUUAUUUAUUUAUUUAUUUAUUUAUCUAUUUAUUUGUGUUGCUGUUGCUUUCAUUUUAACUAUUUAUAAAUCUCUAUAUUCGUAUGUCAGCUGUUUAUUGACUAGCCAAUCAAUACUUUUAAAACUCUGUGAAUGUGAAUUCGUUCAUACAUUCACAGUGCUGGACCUCACUGAUCAAGCAAUAAACAAAUACAUUUAUAGGCUGCACAAAGUGUUUUUCCCCCCGUGCUGCAUACAGUACUGUGCAAAAGUUUGAGGCACUUUACAUGUUUUUACAUCAUUAAAUAACAUCAAAGAGGGUUGUGAUCAGUCCCAGAUAUAAGCUCAAACAUCCAGUCAGAUUCAUGAUGAACAACCUCCAGUGACUGGUAGGACAAGGAGUUCUGAAUCAGAUGGUUUGGCCUCCACAAAGCCCUGAUCUCAGCAUCAUUAAUUCAGUCCGGGGUUAGAUAAAGCAACCGAGAACCUAAAUCCACAGAAGAACUUUCAAAUUCUUCAGGAUAACUGGAAAUUAACUGCCACAUAUCCUGAAAAAUGCAUGUUAAAAGGCUGUGGUCACGCUAAAUGUUCCCUUGUUUGACAUGUUUUCUGUUAAGUGCACUUUGUAUAAAGUUAAUUGAAAAAUAAAAAUUACUAAAAAAAUCACUUUACCUUUAGUACUUAAAUUUUGCGCAGCACUGUAUAUGACAUAAUUGUCCUUAAAAUUUUCAUGACAGUAUUUUUUUUUCACCUUUGGGUGUUCUACACAUGCUGACAAACAGCAAUCUCCAUCCAUGACUUCAUGUGUAAUACCAGAGUUUAUCACUUGAUAACAGAUUAUGAUUGUGAUGUUAAAUACAUCUGACCAAAAAACAUCUCAGGACUGCUGAAACAUUAUUAUUAUUAUUUUUUAUUUGUUACACUGUUUCUUCAUUAUUUGCUGUCCAACAAUUUUGCCUUCAGAACAGUAUCUUUAUAUCGGAAUAUUUUAUAUGUCAGAGAAAAUGAUUUGACUUUGAGUCCAGGCUUAUAUAUAACAAUGGACAAUAAUGUACAGAAGAGUCAAUUGUUUACUUCAGGCUCCAGUGUUCAGGGGGUUGAAUUUCAGCUGAAAUAAACCUCAUCAUCCUGAUGGACAAACCAUUUAAUGCAAAGAAACCAAAAUUUUGUAGCUGUUUUAUUUAUGUGGUCACUCACUGUGCUAGUUUGUAUUAUGUCCUCAUUAAAAAAAACAACAACUAAUAAACCGCUGCCAAAUGAAAGCACA